AUGGUGAUGCUACAUCUCAAUAGAAAACGUGUUAGACGCCUCAACAAGGUUCCUUCCGGAUCCACUGUCCCCAAUACCAAAAGUUUCACUCGAAACGACGAUUCAGAUGCAAUAAUACUGUCGGAUAGUGAUGAUCACGACUUGUUGAAUCCUUUCUCAGACUAUUCUCAGAUUGCAGACCACAAUGAUUCCAAUAUUUUUGGCGAUGAACGGAUGCUCCAAGAAGAUGGUAUGCUUCAUGAUUUGCUAUUCCCUCAGGAACAGAAGAAAAACCGAACAUAUUCCUUGCCUCAGCUGCCUCAUUGCAAGUUGUCGUACACUCCGACCAAACCUAAUAUAACCGAGCUCGUAAUCAAAGAGAAAAUCAAAAGUGUUUUGCCCGAAAAAAUUCCACAUCUCUCAAAACAGUCGGAAGAUUUGCUAAAUUACACCUUUGAUUCUGAUACCCAACUUAAUGGUGUCCGAAAGCUCUCUAUUGAUUCGGGGCAUGCUCAGAACCCAAAAAAACGUACGUUCUCUAAUGUGAGCCAAUCCUCGCGGAAUGCUAUUGUUAUUGACGUUGAAUCCUCUGAUGGUGAAACGGAAGACGAAUGUGAUGAUAAAAAUGGUCAUUAUAUUGUCAAGCCGAACAGCUUUUUUGCCAACAAUAGAUUUCUUAUCAAAAAGCAGAUUGGUCAGGGGACCUUUGGAAAGGUUGUCAGCGCUUAUGACUACAAGUUAAAACAGACUGUGGCCAUUAAGAUCAUCAAAGCAGUACCCAAGUACAGAGAGGCGGCUAAGGUGGAACUUAGGGUGUUGUCUACACUUCGCAAAUAUGAUCCCAAUAAUAAUAACCACUGCAUCCAGAUCAAGGAGUGUUUUGAUUUUCGAAAUCACAUCUGUAUUGUAACAGAUUUGUUGCGCAUCUCACUCUAUGAUUUCAUGAAAAGUAAUCAGAUGCUGCCUUUUCCAGGAUCGCAUGUACAGGCGAUAUGCAGACAACUCCUAAGGUCAGUUGCUUACCUUCAUGAUUUAAAUUUAAUUCAUACCGACCUCAAACCGGAAAAUAUCCUACUUUUGGACGAUUCAUACCAUCGUAAGAGCCUUUCAGAGUCUCAUUUGAUAGCCAACAACCCCAACUUGUCCAGGUUUUCGUACGAAAAGCAACAUGUCAAAAUCUUACAGGAUCCCUCUAUCGAGAUCAUUGAUUUUGGGUCAGCGGUGUUCGAGGAUGAAUUUCACCCCAAUAUGGUUUCAACCAGGCAUUAUAGAGCUCCAGAGAUCGUGUUAGGUUUGGGAUGGUCGUUUCCUUGCGAUAUGUGGUCUGUCGGUUGUUUAUUGGUGGAACUAGUAACUGGUGACGUUUUUUUCAACAGUCAUGAGGAUAGGGAGCAUUUGGCAUUAAUGGAGAAGGUAUUCCAAAAGCCUGUAGAUUCCUUUAUGUGUCAUAAAUACCUGCAACAAUAUCUCCGUGAUAGCAGCAAAAAACCUGGUUCCCAAUUAAUACACUCCAACCACAAGGUCAAUUUUCCCAAUUCAGAAAGUUCAACCAAGUCGAUCAAUAUGGUCAGAAAUGCGAAACCUAUGGAACAGACGAUCAUAGAAAAGGUUCCAGUGAUUUCGCAAUUAGACAUGACCAAGUCCUUGGCUUCAAACUUUGAGAUUUAUGACAUUAAUGAUGAAGAUCUGAGGGAUCAGUAUACCUUUUGGUACAGUUUCAUAGAUUUAGUCUCUAAACUGCUUCAGUUCAACCCACAGGAUCGAAUUUCAGCCAAGCAGGCCUUGGAACAUGAAUGGUUCAAACUAGGAGUUUUGGAUGACGGAACCUUAUAA